AUGAGCGAAUAUUUCAGCCUUUCGGACUGCGACGUUAUCGGCUUCGACCUGGACCACACGCUCUGCCGCUACCAUCUGAAAGAGACCUCCAGGCUCAUCUAUGAGAGCUUUGCCAGAUAUCUGGUGGAGCAUAAAGGAUAUGACAAGGACCUGCUGAAUCUAACUCCUGCUACCUGGGAUUUCUGUUUUAAAGGGCUAGUGGUGGAUCUGGAGGACGGAAAUCUCGUAAAGCUAGCUGAGGAUGGAACUGUAUUAAGAGCGACGCAUGGAACCGGUGACCUCAGCACAGAAGAAAUCAUCAAACACUACGGCCCCAAAAGAGAGUGGAAGCACUUUAACAGCCUCAAUACCUCCUUCACAAGAUCUCCAAAAUACUACUUCUAUGAUAACUACUUUGAUCUGCCUGGUGCUCUUCUCUGUGGACGAGUCGUGGACAUGUUGCGCAAGCGAGGAAAUGAGGUGAAUUCUGACUUUUGGAAAGACAUGGUUGCUGCCAUUGACCACAAUUACAACACAUCUGCAUUCAAAGAUGACACAGGGAUAUACUUCCCAAGUGUGAAGAGGAAUCCGGGCCGGUACCUGCAGCGUUGUUCUGACUCCGUCAAGACUUGGCUGCACAGCAUGAAAAAUGCCGGGAAGGUUCUCCUGCUCAUCACCAGCUCCCAUAGCGACUACUGCAGGCUCAUCUGUGAACACAUCCUGGGGAAGGACUUUGAGGAGCUGUUUGACAUCAUCAUCACAAAUGCCCUUAAACCAGGAUUCUUCUCUUUGGUGCCCCAACAGAGGCCCUUUAGAACCCUUGUGAAUGACGUGGAGGAGAGCGAGGGGCUGCCAUCACUGGACAAACCCGGCUGGUACUCCCAGGGCAACUGGCCACACCUCCACGAGCUGCUCAAGAAAAUGACGGGGAAACCAGAGCCCAAGGUAGUUUAUUUCGGUGACAGCAUGAGGUCAGACAUGUUCCCUGCCAGCAGUUUUGGGAAGUGGGAGACAGUGAUGAUAGUGGAGGAAAUGGAGGGGGAGGGUGUCCCGAAGAGUGACGCGGCAUUGUCCAAUGAGGCCCAAGUGGAGCCGCUGGAGAAGAAGGGAAAGUUUGAGGAGCAGGGCAUGAAGUCACCCUCUGCUGUGUCCAGCCAGUGGGGCUCCUACUUUGUUGACAUGCACAAAAGUGGAGGAGGGGAUGAGGAGACCCAGAAGCUGACCUGGUGCUCCCACUGCAUUCACAAAUAUAGCACCAUGGCUAUCCCGAGUGUGGAGCACAUAGCAGAUCUCCCUCUGGAUUACAAGUUCCCCAGGUUUUCUCCUGACAAGCCCUGCACCAUCGGCUACUACCCCAGACCCCCAGAUUCUUUGCUGAAGAGGUGCGAAAGUCUGUCAUAAAAAAAAAGAAAAAAGAGAAAAAAAAAUGUCCUCCCUUACCCCUUCUCAGGAGAGGAAUGUGCCUCCAUUUAUGCCCGUAGUUUCCCACUUGACCCCGCCAUCAUCUAUGGAGCACAGAAAGCAUCCACGCUUCAUCCUUUCAGAGAAACCAUGUGAAUGUAAGCCACAGUAUCUCUCUGUAAUAAUGCAUACAUUUGAACAUUGUUUUGUGGUUUAGUGUAUGUGGAAAUACGACAAAAUAAGUGUGUGCGUGUGUAUGUAUCUGCAUACAGUAAUAAUACAGUGUUCUUGUUUUAUGUAUGUGAGGCCUUCUAUUAUUUUCCUUGGUAAGUUGUUUAAAAAUCUGAAAACUUCAAACAUUUUACCCUCUUUUUCCUGAAGUGAUUACCUCAAGAAUGUGAUUGACUGUAAGCAAAACAGGAGUACCUAUCCCUAAAGAUCUGUUGGAAAUAUUGUGUGAGUAUUUCUGUACAAUAGUAUUAUUGUGUGGUCUUCUCUUUUGGAUAUGGUUUAAUUGUAUGCAUUUUAGUAAUCUUAACAUGAGAUUUAAGGUCCGUUGUUCCUCCUGUGUCAGUUUAGUGGAAGGUGUUACUCUUCAGGUCAUUGUUGCUAAAGAACUUGCACAAUACUGUCCUUUGUGAUGGCUGUUUCUAAAAAAGCAUAACUUUGGGAAACGAUAAUAAUAUGAUCGAUGAAGACUAUGCUAGAUGUUCUUUGUAUUAAUUUUGGUGCAAAGGUGACAUGUGCUCUUUGAGUGAUUGUGUAAAAAUGUUGACUACUUGUACUUCAUUCAUAUUCAGAUUGAGAUAUGCUUUAACCGACUUCUGAAUGGUUAUUUUGUCGGUGUGCAUAGACAGGUUGUGCCAUAAUAUUUGAGGAACACUCAGUUUGGGAAGAGUCCAUGAAGUCACAGAAGAUUGGUAUCAGGUUUAUCUUUGUGGAUCCAGGAAGUGUUUAGCAUAGCUUAGCACCAAGAGAGAACUGCAGGAAAAAAAAUACCCUCAGUGCAGAACAGUGCAGACCGAAGACUUUAAUAGUCUGAACGGAUAAGCAAGACCCCGUGAACCUAAUCUUGCCAGGGCUAAAGUCUAUUCAGUAGAACUUGCACUCGGUUCAGACUACUGAUACAUGAAAAUAGCCGGACUAGAAAGAUGCGGCAUCCAAACCAACAGUUGAUCUUUCAACCCAUCUGCAAAUGCUGCAUCUUGAAUGUUUCACAAUACCUUUUAGAUUUUAUUUUUAACCUUAUCUUCUGUCAUGUGACAGACUCUGUAACGUGUCCGUGAUGUUGACCAAUAGCCCAAAGCGCCCUUCUGAUUGUAACAAUGCAAAAACAAGCUAAAAGAUAGAAAACCCAUGCUGUUCUUUUGGUAUGAUCUAUGAACGCACUUGUUGCUUUUGUUAGCCUUGUUCACGAUUCAAAGCACCAUUCAGUCAUAGCACCAUUAUUUCUGUUUCUGUUCGGGUGCGAGUUAAAGGGUCGCCACUGAAGGGGAUAAAAGCCAAAUGUAAAUCAGCUACAGUAUAGUUUUCACUUUUCACAGUGUUCCAUGAACACUAUUAUUGCACCUGGAACCUUUGCACAGAACUUUUCUAUCAAUAGUGCCAAAUCCAGAAUUCUUCCUUGUCUUCUCUCAGAUGAUUUAGUGUAAUGUGUGCAGCACAGUUAGCUAAGUUACUCCAUUUGCAUUCAUCAUUUGCACAAUUAAUGUAGUUAGCAUUGCUAAAGGGCAACCAGUAGAAUGGAGUGGAAUUUACAAAUUAGCCCUGCUGGGUGAACUUUAAUUCCUUAGCCCAGUAUGUUUCUUACCAAAAAGUAAUUUCUUGUGUGUGCUAAGAUGGGCCCAAGAUCCCAGACCUGUCUGUGCUAACCUCACAAAGAUGGUACUGGUCUAAAUCUUCUUAACUGGCUUUGAUAAAGUUAUUGAACUUCACUAUUUUAAUCUCAGAGAAUAUCCACAUUUUUGUCAUAAUUUUAUCACUUGAGUUUUAUUUAUACAGUAACAUUGGGCCCUGUAUUUAGUCUGAUAAGGCUCUGUGAUAAUGACACAUAAACCGGUGCUGUGCUAAGACGGGCCUAAGAUCCCAGACCCGUCUCUAUGCUAACCUCACAAAGAUGAUACUGGUCCAAAUCUUCUUACCUGGCUUUGAUAAAGUACUCAAACAACAGGAUUUCCCAAAUGGCAAAGUGUUCCUUUACAGUGACCGUCAUCUCACAAGUGAAGACAGAAUAUUUUGAUAAUAAACAGCGUCCAGCUGGCAGCAUGUAACGUGAGAUUGGUCAUCCAAAGUGAAUUAUUACUUGUGCUGUGUGUGCAAGUGUUUUAUGCAUACAGCUGUAGUGAUUGUACUCUUCUUUUCUCAUCCGACCAGGAAAAUUUGACAUGCACAUUUGCCUUAUGUUGGAUUCAUUUGUGGUCUUAAAACCACAGGGAAAGUUCAAUUCUGUG